UGCUCUUAGAAUUUAAUAGAAAUCAAUAAAGUUCCAGCUGGACUAAUCACUGAAUUAAUUCUUGAUCUGGUGACAGUGAUAGGCAAGGUGGAUAAUUUUUUUGCUUUAUGUAGAUGACAGGAAGUAUUCAGAUUACAUAGAAAUAUAACGAGGCGAAUUCAUUGGAAAAUGGUCGUUUGAUAGCAAACUGGAAGUAAAUAUAGGAAAGAUGUCGUCAGGGUUACCAGAUGCGCAGGCUGUUAAUAAUGCCAAGAUUUCUCAAGUUUCCCAAGAGCAAGUUCCACAUUCACCUGUAGGCUCUCCAAUUCACAACAAGUUUCUAGUGCCGAGUCCUGUACCAACUCGAAGAAAUAGAACUUACUCACAAACAGAGAGGGCAAAGGAUGCGGAGAUUUGCUAUGGCAAAGUGCAAGAAUUCUGUAGAAAUAAGGGCCAUGGAUUUAUUAUUGAAGACAAUACAAAUGAUAAAAUAUUUGUACACAUAUCAGAUAUUGAUGGCGAAUAUGUACCUAGAGAAGGUGACGAUGUCACAUUCAGGAAAUUACCGUUGCCUUUUAAUAAAACCAAGACACAGGCUGUACAUGUGGCAAUUACUCAUCUUGCUCCGGGUGUGUCGCACGAGACAUGGAGUUCCAAUCAGUCGCCAAGACCAUGAGUUGCUCCAAUGUUGAACUAACUUUCAUACAGAAAUGAUAUGCAAAGUAGCAAGUUGUUUACAGUGGUACUCUUGAUUGUAAAAGCAUUGUUAUAUAGAACAAAAAAAAAAGAUUUGUCUGAAUUUGCAUGUUUUAAAACAUUUUUUACAAUGAACAGAAAAUUAAUUGGCCUUAACUUCAUACUAUUUAUUUAAACUAUCAAAUAUGUAAUGAUUUAUAUUCCCGCGAAUAAUAAAGGGAAGGAAGUUACUGACAUGUAAUGAAACUGAUUAGCAAUAUAAAAAUCCAGAGUACACUGACAUGAUUGAAUAUGAUUAAGUGGUUUAUUUAUAAUAAUGGAACUUUUCGUAAAAUUUUAGGAUGAGGCAAUGUGGUAUAAUAUAUGAAUAUAACUGGAUUUAGACUGUAUAAAUUAUUAUAACAUUGCUGUUCUUGGAAAAAACUAUUAAUUCCAUUUUUGGUACGUCUCAGAUGGUGAUAAAAGCUAAAUUGUUCAAUCUCUUUUAUGUGAUUCUCAGAAAAUAAGUAUUUUCUCACAUGAUCAUUCAACAACUUCUUGAUUGGUAGUGAAAUGAGUUGUACAGCUUUUUGCUCUUCAAAAAUUUCGUUGUCAUUUUUGGCUUAAAUAAUGAAAAAAAGUACUUUUUCACACAGUCCACAAAGAUAUGAAAUACCAAGCAGAUUAUUAUACUAAAUUUACUUUGGUGUUUCCUAGCUCAAUUUUUCAUAAAGAGCAAAAUAUCCCAUCGUUAAAAAUAUCUUGGUUUCUCAGGGUAUGUCAUAGAUUUAAUUGGUACUUUGUGUAUAAAGCUUUACUGUAGGCAAGUUGUGUAGAAAACUAAGGCAUGACUUACUCUAUGAAGUAUGUACAGAUUGGUCUUUGGAUGUGAUUAAUUAAAACGAAGAUUCCAAGUCCAGAAACUUGGCUGUAUAAUUCAUAAAUUGCAGCAUAAAUCAAAUUUUAGGGUUGAUGAUGACCUGGCCCCGUGUUCACAAAACAUUUUCAGUCUCAGCUGAGUUUGAUAACGAAACUUUGUUUGUCAUUUAUAUCUAAACAGCAUGUUUAAAACUAAAUUUUAAGUUAAUAACUAUUUUCAAAUGACUUUUCGGUAUUGAUGGUCAGUUUCAAUUGGAAUUAAGUCUUGAAGUUUUAGUAAAACUAAUAAUAAAUUUUCAAGCUCAAACUCAGCUGAGUUCGAAAAAUGCUUUGUGAACACGGAGCCUGUUAUUCUUCUCAAUACCAGAAUGGCAUGUCAGAAUUGGUGUGUAUUGGUGCAUCAUUUGAACAGGCAAUCCAAUGAUAUAUAUUGGCAGCAUUGGUGCGGAAAGUAAAACAUUUAGUCACAUUUACCUCACUCUGUGAUGAUUCUUGGAUUUUUCUUAAUGCUAGUAACAAUUCUGUAAAAAAAAAUGUAUGUUAGUAAAAAUUAGACAAUGUGCUAAAUAAUUGUUCAUAUUGAACAAGGCCUAGUUUUGUAAAUUGUUGUUUUUUAUUUGAGCUCACAGUUACUGAAUAGCAGAUUUUAUAUGGUUCACUCUUGUAUUUAUCAGUAAAUUAAGUUAAUAACUUUAGAAUUAUCAUUAAACAUGAAGACUUUGUCCCAUUUAAGAGGACAUGUGUCAUUCUCUAUUUUUACAAUGAAAGCUAAAUGUAUAUAUUUGUUGCUGCGAUUUAUGAGUGAGUGCUGGUUUAGCUGUUAAGAUUUUAUGCAUGACCUAUUUGUUUACAAGUAUUUUCAUAUUUCUACGCAGAAAAAUUGCUUAUCAAUUGGUUUUCCUCAGUACCAUGAAUUCUUAACUGCUGUUAUUAAUUUAAGUGCUAUACAUCAAUUAAGAUUUGAUUGAAUAUGUUUGAAAAUUAUGAUAUUUGAAAGUAAAAAUAAACUCGCAUCAACAGUGUUUAGUCCAAUGCAAAAUGGCUUUCGACAAAGGUUGUACAUAUCUUCAUUGAAAUUGAAAGGAUUAAUGGUUAUGUAAUACCCAGUCUUCUUAAUGUACACAUAGGGAUGUUUUAUUCAUAUCAAUACACAAAGAGGGGAAAGGGGCCUCUUCCUCUUUUUUUUUUUUUUUUUUUUUUUUUUUUUUUUUUGAGGUGGGAGGGGGAAGGGGCCUGUAAAUGGCUCCUGCUAUAGGAUAAAAAAAAGUCUUUGUACAGCUCAACGUUAGAAACGUAACCAUUGUCGAAAGGUAAUUUUGAAUGGGACUAUAAAAAACACAAAAGUGUCGGUUAGUAAAGUUUAUUUCAUAACAUGAUAGGCUUAUUUUUGAAAAUGGCAGAUUUUUCUGUGUUUCGUUCAUUGUUGGGUAACAUAACAAUUUAGUGAAAAUGUGUAUGUUUGAAUUAUUGAAGUUUUUAAAAGCAACUGCUAUUGUACUUUGUUUCAGUGUUAAGACACCGGUAAAUUUACAUUGUGGCAGCUUUAAUUGUUCGAUCAUGACUGAAUGAUGUAUCAUACCUAUAAAAGUGCUAGACCUUCAUUAAAACUCGGUCCUACUAUUUUAAAUUUGUAUUUAAGUUUACUGCUGUUCAGCUGUUACAGAUGGCCAAAAUGUAUAUUUGCUGACAUUGUAUUUAUAUAUUUUUUUAACUUUUAUUUUGAAUUGAUAUUGUUAUAAUUUCCUUGAUGGUCCUGAUUCUGUAUUUAUUAUCAUUGUGAAUUUCAGUUUUUAUGGGAAAAAAAUGACUUCUUUUUGAAUUCAGUUAGUAUAAACCAAUUCUUCUCUUUUUGGCUUUUAUCUCACCCUGCAAAGUUUUUGUAACAUCUUCAAUUCUAAGUUAAGCUCGUCUGUGCUCCUUGUCUGCUUUUAACUUGUAGAUGUAAUAGAAUUAAUGGACUGGUGUUCACAAAAUUUCUUUUGAAGCUUCUUGUAAUGAAGGUUUGUGGUAUCCUUUCAUGUAUCCUUUCAUGUUAGUUACUUGGAAAGAAUAAGUCCAUACUUGCACAGAGUUUCGGGAGCACUGGUUAGGUUAACAUGGGAACAUUACGUAAAUGAAAUGUAUAUAACCCAAAUCUGAUAACCAGUUAUGUCCCUGUGGCCACUUUUUUUAUCCAAAACAAUUUUUUUUUAAGUGUAUAAAAACAUAAUAAUACAGGUUGCAUUACUUUGAGGUUCCUGUCUUAAGUGAAUGAUUAAUGCCCAUUUUCACCUCCUGUCAUAAGUCUAAAUUUCUGUCUUUGAAUGUUGAUAAGUUGAUGAAUGCAGUAUUUUAAGGAAGUCUGUUUAGAGAAAAUAGACCUGUAUUAUUCUUGUAUUUUAAUAUAACUCUUCUAGGUAAGGAUUCAAUAAUAUGUAACAGUAUAUGUGUAUUUUGUACCAAGUAGUCAAUUACAUGUAGUUCCAAAGUCAUUGCAUUAUUUUUUCUACAUCAUAAUUGACUGCUCAUAAUUGGAAAUAAUCAUAAUAUUCAUUCAGUAACACAUACAUAAUUUUUGAUCAUUUUCAUAACGUUGAAUUAUUAUCAAAACGUUCAGUUAAACAAAAAAAAAAUGCUGUAGCUUUAGUUUUUGGUUCUUUGUAAAUUUUCGUUUGCAAAAUAUUCAUUUUCCUCUAAAUAUUUUAAAGCACGUGCAGUACUGUUUAUUUUAAGUAAAAUAAUUCAAAAUUUGUAGCAGAUGUUACAAAAACAGGACUGAUCUCACACAGUGUUAGGUCUGGUGUAUACACCAUUAUGCUAAGUUUUGGAGAAGUGUAGUUCUGUUUUCUUCUUACAGAAAUACAUUUGAGCCGUGCCAUGGGAAAACCAACAUAGUGGCUUUGUGACCAGCAUGGAUCCAGACCAGCCUGCGCAUCUGCGCAGUCUGGUCAGGAUCCAUGCUGUUCACCAACGGUUUCUCUAAUUGCAGUAGGUUUUAAAAGCGAACAGCAUGGAUCCUGACCAGACUGCGCAGAUGCGCAGGCUGGUCUGGAUCCAUGCUGGUCGCAAACCCACUAUGUUGGUUUUCUCAUGGCACGGCUCAUUUAAUGCAAAACAAUUUAUCAGUCCUUCUGUUUUCAGGCUAAUUGCAUGUUUUAUUUUCAGGCAAAUUGCAUGUUGAUUUUGGUUCUGUUUUAUCACUGGUUAAAUUAAGUUUUCAGUAUGUAUUAUACAUCAACACUAAUAUCAAAUAAAAAUUUUGGCACAAAUUAUA